CGAAUAUUGGCUGAUCUCACUGCAGGGACCUAGUCCCAAAGAAUAUCACGCCGACAUAAGCGAUGCCCAAGAUAUUGGCUUUUGGGACAUUGGCACAAUUCCAAGCGUCAUUUCUAUUCGAGAACCACAUUUUCCAUCGCUGCGUCCCGUCCCAGCUGCAGGAACCAUUGAUGCUGUAUGGGUCUUAGUCAUGCACGGAUGCAUCCUCCGAUGAUAUGCAGUAGCUGUAGAGUGAAUGACGAAGGAAAGCAUACAACAUCCUGCACACCAGUGAGAUGCAAUCUCAUGGUCUAGAGCAGUAUAUGAGUGAGCGGGAUUCGCCCGUCGCCCCUGGGUAUCCGUGCUCUCUGGCGUCCUGGGACCCGACUCCUGAGUUCAUACAGCCUCAGACAACAUGCUGAGGCCACCACAUGAUCAGACGUUUGACUAUAUCAUCGUCGGAGGCGGAACGGCGGGGAGCGCCCUUGCUACGCGAUUGAGUCAACGGCUACCCCAUGCCAAAAUCCUGGUAGUCGAAGCCGGCCCAGCCGCCCUCCAUGAGGACGGUAUCAACGUCCCCGGCCUCAAGGGCUCCACACUGGGAGGUAGAUAUGACUGGAACUUCACCACAGUGCCUCAGCCUCACCUCAACAACCGCACAAUCUUCACUCCGCGGGGCAAGGUCCUCGGCGGCACGUCGGCUUUGAACCUCCUGACCUGGGAUCGAGCCUCGGCCGCUGAGUACGACCAGUGGCAGGCGGUCGGCAACCCAGGAUGGAACUGGAACUCGAUGACAGCCGCCAUGGAAAAGGCCGAAACCUACCACGGCGGGCCCCCGGGAUCAGGCACUUCCGGGCCCAUCUCGGCCGUCAUCAACCGCGUCAACCCAGCCCACCAAGAAUCCUUCAUCCCCACUGUCUCGUCAGCCUUCCCCAUCCCCUUCAACCCGGACUCCCUUCAGGGUAACCCCAUCGGGGUGAUGUACCAGCCGUCCAACAUCGCCCCAGCCUCGUACAAUCGGUCCUACAGCGCCAACGCCUACCUGCCACUUGCCCGGCCCAACCUGACCGUGCUCUCCUCCACGCAAGUAAUCAAGAUCAACCUUGCCCCGAGACCAGGCCGUCAGCAGCUCGCGACGGGGGUGACACUUCUCAACGGGACUGUGAUCCCGGCCCGGCGGGAAGUCAUACUCUGCGCAGGAGCGAUCCAGACGCCAAACCUCCUUGAACUGUCCGGGAUCGGACUGGGGAAGGUGCUGCGGGCGGCGGGCGUCACACCACUGAUUGAGCUGCCGGGGGUGGGCGAGAACUACCAGGACCACCUGCGGGUGCAGGUUUCGUUCCGCCUGCGUGACGAACACCUGCCCAACGGCGACAGUCUGCUCGUCAACGCCACCUUCGCAGCCGAAGAGUGGGCCAAGAGGCUUGCCGGUCAGCCGUCAUUUUACGACGAUACCGCGAGUGCUUACGUCUUUGCCAACUGGCGCCAGGUUGUGCAGGGCGGGAACGAUGCCGCGCUGGUGGCCCUUGCGAAGGAUGUGGUUAGUAAGGGUGCGCGAGAUGUAGGCAGGGAGAAGAAGCUGGAGCAGCUGGGGGAUAUGACCGUCCCGCAGGUGGAGGUCAUCUACUCGGAUGGGUACACGGGGGUGAGGGGAUAUCCGCCCGUGGGGUCGCCGCUGCGCGGGAAGGGGUUUGUCACGCUCAUCGGCGGGCUGAUGCACCCGCUCAGUCGGGGCAGCGUGCACAUUGACGCAGCGGACCCGCUGGGCAAGCCGGUGAUUGACCCGCGCUUUGUAGAUAACGAGUACGACAUGGCCGGGCUGGUGGAGAUUCUCAAGUUCAUCAGACGGAUUGCGCGUUCCGAGCCGAUGCGGUCGGUUUGGGUUGACGAAUAUGAGCCCGGCGAGGACCUGGUGGUGACGGGCGACGACUGGAGAGAGUACAUCCGCAACACGACGCUGACCAUCUUCCAUCCGAUGGGAACGGCGGCCAUGCUGCCGAGACGGGACGGAGGCGUGGUGGACUCGCGAUUGACUGUGUACGGCACGGCGAAUCUGCGGGUCGCCGACGCGAGUGUCAUACCUGUCGAGAUCUCAGCGCACCCGCAGACAGCCGUCUAUGGGAUUGCCGAGCGGGCUGCGGAGAUCAUCGUUGCUGCGCAUAGUUGA